AUGGAGCACGAAGAGUGCGAUGAUAGGAGCCACAAUUGUCUUCCUGCUUAUUUCCGAGGAUCCCGAGCCCUGAGAACUAUCACAAAAAUGUACCUUGAUUCUGAGGCUGCCAGGAUCCGAGAAGUUGAAGAGGCCAUUGAGUGGAUCUCAUCUAAAGAAAGUCUCAGGCCUUCGGGGGAAUCUAUUCUAAAAAAGAAAGUAUCGAACGUGUGGGAUAUGGUAUACAAGUUCGUUAUUAGCACCGAUUACGACAGCCCAUUGCUAGAUUCAAUGGUGUUUUUUCUUGUCAACUUGAAAAACAGCCCCCCGGUCCGCCAACGAGUCCAUGAUCCAGAGACACAUCUUCCGAAGAUUGUAAAAGACUCGAACAGGAUAUGGAAGAACGCGACGGGCCAAGACCUGAAAAUAUUUGUAAGAAAGCUUAAGCCUUCACCUAAAUCAAGCGGUUUCUGUGAAGAUGGAGAUCCACCAAGCGAUACCAGUGAAGGCGGAAUUCAGUUGCCAACCACGGCAGAUACAGAGAAAUCGGAUGAGGGAAAGGCAAAGGCUCAAGAAAAGGCAGGACAACAGAACCACGAUGAGAAUAACAGCAGUUCAGGAGCUGUGCGGCUUGAUACUACUAAAAAGACAACUGAAGAGUUGAAUAGAGUCGAGGUUCCCAUGGUGAACCAAACUGUCCAGAUCGAUGGCAUGACCUUGUGGAAUGAGUUACCGCUUCUAGAUGACUUUUUAUACCACAAGUUCAUGGGGAUUGGUCAACUAGAUCGGCGAGAGAAAUGCAGUUUGGCCGGUUUACUUGGUCGCAUGGUUGCUGGAGGACUAUGCAAGUAUAAGUUUGGUUGUAUGGCCCUCUGGUUAAUCCGGGAGACACUGGAGACGCCACGCUUGGUAAAACUUGAUGAUAAUCCAGAUGAAGACGGUCACGGAUUAGAAGACCAGUCGGAUGAGGAUAAAAGCAAGAAACGACAGGUCAAAGAGAAGAAAAAGCGGCAGCAGAAUAAAACCGUCACAGAUGAUCAGCUCGGAAAGGAAUUUGAUAAACUGUCUGUCAACGACCUUCUACCUCCAUGUAUCACCCUGCUUGAUGCUUGCGGCAAAAACCUUGCAUACCUGACCAAAACGAAGUUCACUGUUCGUGGACUCUAUGAUAACAACCAAUGGACCCGUGUGGGAGAUCUGGCUGCAGAUUCUGUCGGAGAAGGCGAAGAAGGCUUCAGUACUAGAAGAUGGAUGUUCUGGAAAUCGCGAUUCAAGAGACUCGCUAGGCUUGAGAUACGCCCUUUGUCAACUGAGGCACGACGCGGGCUCAGCAUCUUAUACGACUCAGGGGCAAAAUCGGGAUUCGAGUUCCCGGGCGACCGGGAGUAUAUGAGACGGUCAUUCGAAUACUUAUCCAGAAAUGGAAGCUUACUUCAGGAUCCUUCUUCUAUAGAUCUUGAUUGA